UUUCGUUACUGUCAAACUUGUUUGAAACUUUGAAACAGCUUUCGGUUUUAGUUCAAAUCACAACUGUUUACGUGAGGAGUUGUUUUUUUAUGAGUUAAGAUUUUAGUAAAUAAAAUGAUCAAAACAAAACCGUGGUCUGGUGGAACCGAUGAAGAAUAUGAAACUCAACACUUUGGGUUCGGGGCACAGCGCCUUAAAAUAUCUGUACGGCAAAUGGUCGAACAGAAAAUCACGAAUGGAGUUAAAGACAUGGAGUCCUAUUUGCAAGAGUCUUUAGAUCUAAAUGAAACUGAUAAGGUAACAUUAACGAGAUCUUGUGAUAAAUUAAUUCGGUUGUACUGUGAUCGCGCUGGUCCGUCUUUAGAGGCUAUUGAUGAUGAGAUAGAAAGAGUGUUGAAAAUACCACAGAAUGUGUUGUUGCCAGAAGAUGAAGUACAGGUUGAACAAACAUCGGAUUCUGAGUUUGAAAAACUCAAGGAGGAGGUCGCUUCUCUUAGGAAAAGAGUGGAGAGAGGUGCUCUUAUGGAAGCUUUGCUGACUGCAGAAGAAGAGGAACUUUCUACAGUAGAAAAAGUUUGUGAAACAGCUAAAAAAGAUAUGGAAGCCAUUGAUUUACUUUGUAAAAAUGUUGACAAUGGUGAGUGUUUGAAAUCAAUACAGAAUGAAACUCAGUUCUUGUGUGCCAGUGCAUCAUUUAUGAAGAAAGAGAACAAUAUAUUUGAUGAAGAGUUUUAAUGAAAUAGUUGUCACUAUGAUGUGAAUAUUUUGAUGCAGGAAAUAAUAAUAUGUGCUCAUAUUUACGGAUUAAGUUAUUCUAUUUUUGUAUUCUAUACUAUACAAAGAUUGUAAAAAUACACAAUUUGUGCUUUUGUUAAUCUGCAAAUAAAAUCUGUUAUGUAUUCAUGGCCAUGAUGGAGAUAUAAGUAUAGCAGUUUAUUUUAAUUCAGGUUAGUAGGUAUAUGCAUAGUGGAAUUAUGUGGAGAAUUCUCCUAAGAUUGCUCACUGACCAUUUUCUGUAAGAGAUUUUUUGUACUUGGUUAAGACUUGAAUAGUUUUGUUUGUCAUGUUGUUUGGUUACCAAGUAAUAAAAUUGUAAGAAGACAACUAUGUUGUAUUAGAUGUAUUGCCUUACAUACUGAGUAGAUCUUUGAUAUUUACAAAUAUUUACAACUUUUGUUCUUCAUAAGUCAUAACUACGAUGCUGUGUCAACCCAUGGUUAGGAACACCGGUUGGGUCCAAAACUAGUUGGGCAUAUAGUUGUGCAUUCAUAAAUCACAAAUAUAUAAAUAAUCAUUAAUCUGCUGUAUGGCUGUUAUUAUAAUGUUGUGUAGAUUACCAAUUGUUCUUUCAACAUGACAUUAACUACCUUUAGAAGUGUCUUGCAUUGGAGAAGGAACAAUACACAGAAAAUGCAAGUAAGAUAGUGGUCUCUACAUUGUUAUUGUAGGCUAAUUACUAACUAGGUAAAUUAAUGAGAAAAUAAAACAUCACAAACAGUCAUUUUAUUUUAAUGUAAAAACAGAACUUCUUACAUAAAAUUCACCUAGAAACGAGUAUCAUAGAUUAACAAUACUUAUGACAUCAAUUCUAAUAUAACACCAAUGUUACAUUAUGAUUACUAUGUACUUUUAUUUUUAAUUUCCAAAAAACUAUACAAAAAAUUGAUACAUUUAAUUUUUAUAUUACCUCAAAAAUUUAUAACUUGGCACAUAGAACAUGAAAUUGUUAAUUCUAAAGAGAUUCAAAAAGUAAAAUUAUAUUCAAUAAAAUAAUUUACACCAUA